CCACCAUGUUUUAGGGAAUCCGCCGCUGCGUUCACUGUCAGAUUAGAGUUUAAUCCGAGUGGGAGGACGCGGGCAGGACCAAGUCUGCAUCCUGGGAAGACUGAUUAUAGGAGUUCAAUAAAGACGCGGCUUGACAUGCGGCUGAGGCGUCUUUAUAGUAAGCAGCCUGGAAACGGAUGAAAUGGCAGAUUUGACAACGUUAACAUGUUAGCGAGCUAACUAUCUGGAAUAGAGUAUCCUAAUCGGAUUAUCUGGUAGUGGCAGCCCUGUUCGAGCUAAUAUCCAGGAUUAUUAACCGUCCCGGGUAAAAUACUCCACAACGACCUAGUUGAUUUAUUUAUUUAUUCUACCACACUGCGCGUUUUAUUGCUUAGCAUUAGCUAACUAUCUUACGGGAACACAAAAGUAGCUGGGCUCCCAUUCCCCCCCCCCGUCCCCCUUUUUAAAACCUCAUUAUUUUUUCUUUGCUGCAAAACGACAUUUGUGCCUCUGACCUGAAGACGGAACGGUUGUAUUGGUGGGCUAGCUUGUAGGCAAGAGGACUAGUGAGAAAAGCACAAGUUGUAAAAAAAAAAAGCUGGAAAGAGUUCAGACAAAAGCAAGUAUGUCAGCAAAUAAGGAUAAAGACAAACAGUCCACGACGGAGCGGCUCAUUAAAGCUGUGCCGUACCCUCCUCAGCACAAGCUAACCAUGAAAGAGUUAUUUGAAGAUGGCAAGCCCAAUGCUGAACUGCUCCGCAACCAUCUUGUCAAAGAAGGCAGAGUGGAAGAAGACGUGGCUCUAAAGAUCAUCAAUGAUGGGGCCAACAUCCUUCGCCAGGAGAAGUGUAUGCUGGAAGUGGAUGCACCUAUAACAGUAUGUGGUGAUGUCCACGGGCAGUUCUUUGACCUAAUGAAGUUGUUUGAAGUGGGAGGAUCACCCAGUAACACACGGUAUCUCUUCCUCGGUGACUAUGUAGAUCGAGGAUACUUCAGUAUUGAGUGUGUUCUCUACCUCUGGUCGCUCAAGAUCAACCACCCCAGCACACUCUUCCUCCUACGCGGGAACCAUGAGUGCCGGCACCUCACAGAGUACUUCACCUUCAAACAGGAAUGUAAAAUUAAAUACUCUGAACGGGUUUAUGAUGCCUGUAUGGAAGCAUUUGAUUGCCUUCCGCUCGCUGCCCUGCUAAACCAACAGUUCCUCUGUGUCCAUGGUGGUCUUUCACCAGAAAUAAACUGCUUAGAUGACAUAAGAAAAUUGGACAGAUUUAAAGAACCUCCAGCAUUUGGGCCAAUGUGUGACCUGAUUUGGGCAGACCCUGGUGAGGACUAUGGCAGUGAAAAGACAUCUGAACACUUCAACCAUAAUUCUGUCAGAGGCUGCUCUUACUUUUUCAGUUACUCAGCAGUUUGUGACUUUUUGAUAAAUAAUAACUUGCUGUCUGUAAUAAGAGCCCAUGAAGCACAGGAUGCGGGUUAUCGGAUGUACAGAAAAAGCCAGACCACUGGGUUUCCUUCAUUAAUCACAAUCUUUUCAGCUCCAAAUUACCUAGACGUCUACAACAACAAAGCUGCUGUAUUAAAAUAUGAGAACAAUGUAAUGAACAUCCGACAGUUCAACUGCUCCCCCCACCCAUACUGGUUACCCAACUUUAUGGAUGUCUUCACGUGGUCUUUGCCUUUUGUUGGAGAAAAAGUGACAGAGAUGCUUGUGAAUGUACUAAACAUUUGCUCUGAUGAUGAGCUCAUGUCAGAAAUAGACGACCUAUAUGAAGGUGGCGCCACAGCGAUGCGCAAGGAGGUCAUUCGGAACAAGAUUCGUGCUGUGGGGAAAAUGGCCCGAGUCUUUUCUGUCCUCAGGGAGGAAAGCGAGAGCGUGUUAACACUUAAAGGCCUCACUCCAACUGGAACGCUUCCUCUGGGAGUGUUGUCAGGAGGAAAGCAGACCUUGCAGACUGCUACCAUUGAGGCAGCUAAGGCAAAAGCCAUUCAAGGCUUCUCUCCCACGAGGAAGAUUCGAAACUUUGAGGAGGCGCGCGGCCUGGACAGGAUAAAUGAGAGGAUGCCGCCUCGCAAAGACGGGCAGCAAACGGAUAGCACCCUGGACAACACCAACUCCCCCAGCAAAAAUGGCACUGAUGGAUAGAGGAGACAAACAGCAGCUUCCUAUCUUCACACAGCCCAAGGCCCUGACUCAUAACCCCCCAACCGGUAUCUUCCUCUUUGUCUCUCUCCUCCACUGAAUCUGCCUGAAUGAGGCCACAGCACUGAGAAGACACAGUCAACUACUUAAAAAAAAAGAAAAAAAAGUGAUUACCUGUUUUACCUGAUUACCUAAUUUUAUUUAUUAAAUUAUAAUAGAUCUAAUGUGUAAUAGCAACAAAUCAUCAAAUGAAGACAUUUAGCUGUUGUUCAAAUGUAGACUGUUUAACUUAAGUCAUAAAAUAUAAAUGUUAAAGCUAUAUAUAAACCAGAGACUUUUAUACAGUUGAGUUGAAUAAUGAUAUAGG